AUGGGGGAGGAGGAAGGCGGCCUGCAGAACAAGCUUCUAGAACUGAACUCAGAACGGUGCCGAGAUGCACAGAGAGUAGAGGAGCUCUUUGCCAAGAAUCACCAGCUCCGGGAGCAGCAGAAGGCACUGAAGGAGAACCUGCGGGUGCUGGANAACAGGCUGAGGGCUGGCUUGUGCGAUCGAUGCAUGGUCACCCAGGAGCUGGCCAGGAAGAAGCAGCUGGAACUGGAAAAUGCACACCUGCAGAGCCUGCAGCAUCUCUGCAUCCUCACCAAUGAGAUGAAUGGGCUGAGAGAGGAAAACAAGAUCCUGAAGGAAGAAGUGAAGCGGCUUCGGAGUCUGGGAGACAAGACCGCACCGCAGGCCUGGGAGGGCACCUCAGAGCCCCCAUCACCCUUGCCNCUCCCCUCCCCCAGUAGCUGGAAGGGUACCACUGAGAACCCCCCAGGAGCCCUGGAGGAGGCUGAGGAAGAGCAAUUGAGCACAGAUAAAAUAUCAAGCCACAAGACAUCCCCAGUGUCCAGAGUCUCCCCAGCUGCCAACCUGCCAGAGCCACGGGCUCUAGACAUGACCCCACAGUGCAUCUCCAACCAGCUGCAUUCAACGGUAGCCGUGGUGCGGCCUGGCUCCAGGGCCUGCCCGCCAGACAGCGGUUCUGCCAAUGGGACACCCCCGCCAUCCACGAGAAGCACCCCACCCAGCCCAACGUACGAACAUGGUCUCCCUGUGGACAGCUUCUUACGGGUCUCCAGGCCAUCAACCGUAGCCUAUGAGACCCUGAAACACUCCCUCCAGACCGAUCGCCUCUGCCUCCUGAACCGACAAUUGUCUCUGCGCCUGCAGAGCCCCCACAGUAGCCCCCUGGCUUCUGCUGCAGCUCCCCAUAGCCCCCUGCCCCGAGGCCUGAAGGCUAGAGAGGCAGAGGCAUGGGAGGAGCCUGGUGCCUUGGUGGGCAUGCAGGACCCACGGCUGGAAGGGGCAUUACACCUGCUUCUGGUCCAGCAGCACCUGCGGGCACGGGCACGGGCAAGCACUGCCAGGUUGCAGGUCCCAUCUGCACCAGAAGAGACGCCAUCUUCCCCACCAGCGGGCUCGGAUUCUGAGGGCUCUGACAGUGAGGCCCCCAAGUCAGCUCUGAGUACAGAGGCCCAGCCUGACGGGUGGCACCCUCAAUCUACAGGCCAAGGUAGCUCCCAGAGGAAGGAGACACAUGUAGCCACUCAGGACUGCCCCCCAGACAAGCCUCUGGACCUCUCUGACCGAGGACGGUGUCGGGACAUCUCCAAGUCGACUGGCCAACCUUUGCCACUCAGCCCUAAAAUUGUCCACACUCCCAGCCCCCAGCUGCCCACCUUGUCCAGACCCUUGGUUCACAGCUCCUAUACCCUCAGUAAUGUCAGCACAGAGACCAGAGCUCAGGAGUCUGAAGAAUACUCUACUCCCAAGGUUGAGUAA